GGGGAGGCCCACGGGAGAAGGGGCAUCGCCCGUGGCCGUGGCCCUGCCGGCUCGCCCCGCUCUGGAUGGAAGCGAGCUGCGUGCAGGCUGCCAUGGCUCUGGGGCUCUCCUCCAAGAAAGCCUCCUCCAGGAACAUCGCCGUGGAGAGGAAAAACCUCAUCACCGUCUGCAGGUUCUCAGUGAAGACCCUGCUGGAGAAAUACACGGCGGAGCCCAUCGACGACUCCUCCGAGGAGUUCGUUAACUUUGCUGCCAUCCUCGAGCAGAUCCUCAGCCACCGCUUUAAAGGCCCCGUCAGCUGGUUCACCUCAGAUGGGCAGCGCGGGUUUUGGGACUACAUCCGCCUGGCCUGCAGCAAGGUCCCCAACAACUGCGUCAGCAGCAUCGAGAAUAUGGAGAACAUCAGUACCUCCAGGGCCAAGGGCCGUGCCUGGAUCCGUGUGGCGCUGAUGGAGAAGCGCAUGUCGGAGUACAUCUCCACGGCGCUGCGGGACACACGGACCACGAGGCGGUUUUACGAUGACGGGGCCAUCAUGCUGCGGGAGGAGUCCACGGUGCUCACGGGGAUGCUCAUCGGGCUCAGCGCCAUCGACUUCAGCUUCUGCCUGAAGGGCGAGGUGAUGGAUGGUAAAACGCCCGUGGUCAUCGACUACACGCCCUACCUGAAGUUCACACAGAGCUACGACUACCUGAGUGAGGAGGAGGAGCGGGGCAGCGUGGAGAGCAGCACAAGCGAGGACAGCUCCCCUGAGCACCCCUACCUGCCCCUGGUCACCGACGAGGACAGCUGGUACAACAAGUGGCGCAAGAUGGAGCAGAAAUUUCGCAUUGUUUAUGCCCAAAAGGGGUACCUGGAGGAGUUGGUGCGGCUGCGGGAGUCGCAGCUGAAGGACCUGGAGGCGGAGAACAAGCGGCUGAAGCUGCGCCUGGAGGAGGUGAUGGUGCAGAACCAGCUGGAGAAGAGGGAGCUGGAGGGCGUCAUCCUGGAGCUGCAGGAGCAGCUGACGGGGCUGAUCCCCUGCGAGAACCCGCAGCUGGCCCAGCUCUCCAAGGAUAUGGUGACACCCCUGGUGAACCAGUGGCCCUCCCUGGGGACCCUCAACGGCAACGAGAGUGGCUCGGACAGCAAGCUCUACAGGAGGCACAGCUUCGUGAGCACCGACCAGCUCUCGGCCGAGAACAGCCUCAGCUCCGACUCCCAGCGCCUGGGCGAGGGCAAGCGCGAAGGCGAGCCCUGGGGGCCCUUGGGGAAGGACCCCACGCCCUCCAUGCUGGGGCUCUGCGGCUCCCUGGCCUCCCUGCCCAGCUGCAAGUCCCUGGCCAGCCUCAAGUCCAACGAGUGCCUGGUGAGCGACAGCACCGAAGCCAGCCCGACCCGCAGCCCCAGCUGAGACCCCCAGCCCCCUCGCCGCCCCACGGCCCAGCCGCCCAGCCCAGCGUCGCGGCGGAGGACUGACCUCGUCCCCCACCUCGCUGCCCUGGGACCGACGAGGGACUCGCCGAACCCACCGGGGAGGCGGGGGACGGGCAUCCCCCUCCCCAUCUUGACACCCCACCCCGGCUGCGCCUUGGACCCCCAGCCCAGUGCCUGGCUGGAGACACGGACCCGUUGGGAUGGGGGAUGCCGGAUCAGGACCGACGCGAGUUGGAGGAGGGGGAAACACACGACACACACAAACUGUGCCGUGGGGGGGGACACUGGAAACGACUGCUGCUGGGGAAGCAAGGGAGGGGGUCAGGGCCAAAGCCCCCCCCAGGGGCGAGGGUCUGGGCACAGCCCCGGUGUCCAUCCCACGGGCAUUGCUCUUCCCACCCGGGCUUUGCCUGCCCUCUAGUGCCCAGCCUUCCCCCGGCCCCCCUCGCACCCCGGCGCUGCAGGGGGGGCUGGCCUGUCCCUCCCUUUGGGGACCUGCUGUCCCUCCGUGCAGCAUCAUUAUCCCCACGACAGGGAUAGGCUCCCCCCUCCCUCCCAUCUUCCCCCGGGUUUCAGAUUGUUUUGGGUGAUUUUGGUUUUUAAUUCAGCCCCAUCUGCCUUGUUGGAGCAAAAGGAAUCAAUAAACGCAG